AUGCCAAGGGCAAUCAUUAGUGAUGAAGGCAAGCAUUUCCAAAACCAACUAAUUGCCAAGAUGUUGCAACUCUUGAGAGUGACGCAUAAAUUUGCCACAACAUAUCACCCACAGACAAACAAGCAAGCCAAAAUAUCCAACCAUGAAUUGAAGAUUAUCCUUGAGAAGUUUGUUAAUCCAUCUAAAAAAGAUUGGUCUCUAAGAAUUGAUGAUGCACUUUGUGCUUACCGCACAACAUUCAAGAUACCCCUAGGCAUAUCUCCUUAUAGAUUUUUCUAUGGAAAGGCUUACCACCUUUCGAUGGAAAUCGAGCAUAAGACAUUUUGGGCCAUCAAGAUUGUGAAUAUGGAUUGGGAGAGUGCAGGGCAAAAAUGUUUAUUGGACUUCAACGAGAUAGAUGAAUUCCAUGCAUUAGCUUAUGACAAUGCGAUGACUUAUAAAGAGAAAACAAAACAUUGA